UUUCUUUCAUGUGAGAAUUAUGUCCAGUUAGCUUCACCCAACAUCGGUGGUUCUGCUCAGGUGCCAGUGUCAAUGAUUGAAAUGUUGAGUCAGGUUGUAACAGCUUUUGCACGGUGACAUUCCUUGAUAGAAUGAGCAUGUGAUCUGUUGUAAAAGCAAAGUAAAACAUUCAUAUUGAUUUUAUGAUGCAGGUGAACUACCAAAAACAGAUGAUUUAGUGAUAUUACCUGUAGAGUCCACCAUAUUGGAAGAGCAGCCUGACAAAGUGGUAGAAGGUAUAAAUAAUUGGGAGUCCUACUACAAGUGGCGAGGUUUCAGGUUGGAUUCCCCAAUUGCUGUCCUAUUGCAUUGGCCUCUUACCAUAUUCUACAUCAUCAAAUACUGUUUACCUAAUGACAGUUGUGUCUAUGUUGGACAAGACCAUAUGCUAACUUAAUUGAUGUUACAGAUGCAGAUUGGUGGGAAGAUUUAGAUGAAGGAAACAUUCUAGUGGACAUUGUUGGUGUUGAAAGAGAAGUGGAAAUACUUGCAAUAUUUAAGGAGCUUGGAUACUUGUUACCUGACUGUACAUUAGACAUACAGAUGUAUGGAAAUGAAAUCUCUAAAGAAGUAGAUGGAGAAGUUUAUGAAGAAAACAACGUAAAGAUAGAAGUGAUUCGAGGAUUGUAUCACAGAAAAUCAUCUACGGCACGUAAACCUCAUGUUGUCAUAGGGUUCAAUGCAGGUCUAGGAGCUUAUCAGUAUUGGUCACAAACUUUAGUGAAAUUAAGGACACAGAAGACCCCGGCUUAUUUCACUGACUACUGUCAGUAUAGUUGUGAAUGUGCUCACAGCCCGGUUGAAGGGCUUGGACUAGGGACUGUUUCCGAUCCAAUCAUCAACCCAUUCAGAAGUCCCAUUAGAAAACUAGCCGCGGAGAAUGACAUGCCCUGGUACAGCAAUGGAUUUAUAUAUCAUCUCCUCUACCCUUGAUGAUUAAAUAAUACUCACUUUAAUAUUACACGGUGCUACAAGUAACAAGUUACAUGUGCGGCUACGAGUGUUUUUAACAAUGCUGUUGAUUUGUGUUGAAAUGAAGAGGCACAAGUAUUCAUUCAUUCCAACAUGGAUUGCAUUCUUUUCCUUGUUGGACAAGAAAGGAGAUCUGAAGUGCAUUUCACUGCAAUUAUUUCAGGAUAAUUGAAAAAGGAAUGCCCGCAUAUCUUAUGACAUAUAUAAGAUAACAUGUUAGUUGAUAUAAGACACUAAGUAAAUUACUAGUCUACUAAAUGGCAGUAUUUCAAGUCUAUAUCAUAGCCCGAAAUGUUGUUAAUGAUAUUUCGAUUAGUCUUCUUUUUAUGAGCAUAUCUGAAUUAAUUUUUUUAAUUAAAGUUAUUUUUGUAUAAUUUGUUGUCUGGAUGUUUUUGUAGCUCACCUGUCACAAAGUGACAUGGUGAGCUUUUGUGAUCGCUUCUUGUCCGGCGUCCGUAAACUUUUACUUUAAACGACAUCUCCUCAUAAACCACUAAGCCAAUUUCAUCCAAACUUCACAGGAAUGUUCCUUUUGUGGUGACCUUAAAUUAAUAGUAAAGACUUUAAUUCCAUACAGAACUCUGGUUGCCAUGGCAACCAAAAGAAAAAAACUUUAAAUAUCUUCUUUUAAAAAACCCAAAGAGCUGGAGCUUAGAUAUUUGGCAUGAAACAUGUUCUACUGGAUGUCUACCAAGUUUGUUCAAAUAAGAGCCCUGGGGUCAAAUUAGGCCCCACUCCGGGGGUCAUUGAUUUUCCUUAUAUGUGUAUAGCAAAAGCUUAAAAAAUCCUCUUUUAAAAAACCCAAGGAGCUAGAGUUUAGAUAUUAAGCAUAAAACAUCUUCUUGUGAGUGUCUACACAGUAAGUUCAAAUAAAAGUCAAAAUUGGCCCAACUCCAGGAGGGGUCAUUGUUUUUCCCUAUAUGUAUAUUAUAAUAAAAACUUAAAAAAUCUUCUUUAAAAAAACCCCCAAAGAAGUAGACCUUAGAUAUUUAGCAUGAAAUAUCUUCUUAUGGGUGUUUACCAAGUUUUUUCAAAUAAUAGCUCUUUGGUUAAAAUUUGCCCCGCUCGGGGGUCAUUGAUUUUUUCUUAUAUUUGUAUAGAUAAAACAAAAAAAAACCUUCUUUCAAAAAAUCCUUAUAGCUAGAGUUUAGAUACUAAGCAUAAAACACCUUCCAGUGAGUGUCUACCAAGUUCUAGUGAGUGUCUACCAAGUUUGUUCAAUAGCCCUGGGGUAAAAAUUGGACCCGCUUGGGGAGGGGGGUCAUUGUUUUUCCCUAUAUAUGUAUAUUAAAAAACUUAAAAAAUCUUCUUUUAAAAAAAACAACAAAGGGCUAGAGCUUAGAUAUUUAGCAUGAAACAUCUUCUAACGGGUGUCUGCCAAGUUUGUUAAAAUAAGUGCCCUGGGUUAAAAUUGGCCCUGCCCCUGGGGUCAUUGAUUUUCCUUAUAUGUGUAUAGCAAAACUUAAAAAAAAAACCCAAAGAGCUAGAGUUUAAAUAGUAAGCAUGAAACAUCUUCUAGUGAUUGUCUGCCAAAAAAGUUCAAAUAAAAGCCCUAGGGGCAAAAUUCAUUUUAAAUUGCCCCCAUUCCAGGAGGGGGGUGGGGUCAUUGUUUUUCCCUAUAUAUGUAUAAUAAAACUUAAGAAAUCUUCUUUUAAAAAACCAAAGGGAUAGAGCUUGGAUAUUUAGCAUAAAACAUCUUCUAAUGGGUGUCUACCAAGUUUGUUCAAAUAAAAACCCUGGGGUUAAAAUUGGCCCCGCCUCGGGGGCCUAUAUACAGGUGAGCGAUUUCAGGGCCAUCAUGGCCGUCUUGUUUAGUAAAUCACAAAGACCUUUACCUUGGUAAUAAUUAUAUUACUUUAAUCUGAGAUACAUGUACAUGUGUAUUACUUGAUAACUUUAAAGAAAAAUGAAAAAAAUAAAUGUCUAUAAGAUACAUAUUAAAUAUAUUUGAAUUUACCCACAUUAAAAUAGUGUACAGGAUUGAAUAUAUGGGGAAAAGAGUUUGGUAUAUAGGAGGAUAGGGGGGGUGGGGUGACUCAGAACAGUGUGUGGUAUACUUGGGAUUUUGUUUGUGCCAAUAAUGCAUUAACAAAUGUUUGCUAAGAUAUACCAGUUGUAAGUUGUAAUUAAUGAUACAUAGAUGAUUUUGUUGUAUCUGUCGUAUUAUUUUACAUUAUCUGCAUUUACUGGUUUAUUUCGUAACCUUCAUAUGCCAAAAUAUAGAAAUAUGACUUAUGCAAGUAUUAGGUAAUAUUCUGAAGAAGUUUUUUUCCUUUUCAUUAUUUGUAUUCUUCAUUUAUUUACAAGAUUGUUAAGAUGUUUGUUUGUAUCAUCUGGAACAUUGUAUAUAGACUGUUAUAAAAUUUGAAUGUUGAUGUUGUGUUUUUAUUAAAGAUCUAGGAGCUACGAACAGUGUUAAGGUCUGAAUAAAACUAUAUGUUAUAA